AUGUCGACAUCAACAAGUUCCGCCGACUCAUCAGCCCUCGAGUCCGAGCCUUUUCUCUCAUCCCGCUCAUCCUCCACUAACUACCUCUCCUCUCCGCCGUCCAAGCCCUCUCGUCAAAUAGAAGAUGACACCAUUCUCGAAACCAGCACUUUAGGUCGUAACCUGUCCUGGUCAAGCGCCUACAUACUCGUCAUAUCCCGAGUAAUUGGCUCCGGAAUUUUUGCAACACCCGGACCUAUCCUCAAAACAACCGGUAGUAUCGGUCUUGCCUUGCUUCUCUGGGUUGCAGGCUCGAUACUUGCUUGGCUCGGUCUUCAAAUUUCGUUAGAAUAUGGUUGCAUGCUUCCUAGAUCUGGAGGCGAAAAAGUGUACCUUGAGUUUACUUAUCCACGACCUCGAUUUUUUGCCAGUACGCUUGUAGCGGUACAAGCGGUACUACUAGGAUUUACAGCAAGUAAUUGCAUCGUUUUUGGCGAAUAUGUGCUUUUUGCUUUUGGAAUUGAGGGUACGGAAUUAGGGCAAAAAGCUAUUGCAUUGGGACUCUUAACUUGGAUAACAAUCGUUCAUGGAUGUUUUCUCAGAAGCGGAAUAUGGAUACAAAACUUUUUAGGAUGGAUUAAAGUAGGCCUAAUUCUCUUCAUGGCCCUAACCGGAAUAUUUGUCGUGGCAUUUGGUGUAAAACUUCCGGAAACAGGAGCUCAAGUCUCUACAUUAUCCAGAGAAGGGUUUUCCUGGGAUAGACUUUGGACUGGUUCAAAUUGGCAUUGGGGAACUUUGACAACCGCUAUUUUCAAAGUUUCGUAUUCAUAUGCAGGCUUGUCCAAUUUGAAUAAUGUUCUUAACGAGGUUAAGGAUCCGGUCAGAACGUUGAAAACUGUUGCGCCGGCUGCCUUGUUUACAGCUUGUUCGUUAUAUUUAUUAGCCAAUAUUGCGUAUUUAUCAGUGGUUCCGCUGGAGGAAGUGAAAGAAAGUGGACAACUUAUUGCUGCGUUAUUUUUCGAGAGAGUCUUCGGUGAUGUAGGGGGACGGAUUUUAUUGCCAUUGGCUGUGGCGGUUAGUGCGGCCGGGAAUGUUAUGGUUGUUACUUUUACACUCGCCCGCGUAAACCAAGAGAUAGCCCGUCAAGGUUUCCUCCCCUAUUCUAAGUACCUCUCAUCCUCAGCUCCCUUCGGUGCACCCCUCGGCGGUUUAAUAGUCCACUACAUUCCCUCCUUCUUCGUGAUUGCCAUUCCUCCUCGAGGUGACGUCUACAACUUCAUCCUAGACGUUGAAGGUUAUCCGAGUCAAUUCGCAGCAUUAGCUCUCUCUUUAGGAUUAAUCUAUCUUCGCUAUAGUCGACCAGACCUGAAAAGACCUUUCAAAGCGUGGCUGCCGGCUGUUUGGAUUAGGAUAGCGGUUUGUUUGGCGUUGAUCGCAGGCCCCUUUUUCAAACCGACGAAGGGAAGCGCGGAUGUGGGGUUCUGGUAUGCGACAUACGCUGUUGUGGGGGUGGGGAUCAUUCUUUUUGGGGUGGGCUGGUGGGCGAUAGUGUUUUGGGGAUUGCCACGUUGGGGUGGCUAUAGAAUUGAGGAAGAAGUGGGGAUUUUGGGAGACGGAACGAGUGUUACGAGGUUGGUUAGGGUCAAGGCUGGAGAGUGA